AUGAUGCUCCAGAAGACCUGUGUUGUGACAUUCUUGGCGAUCCUGGGUUGCCUGGCCACGACGACUCUAGCACUAACAGGAGAAUCCCAAGUUGCGGUCAUCAACAUGGGCGGGAUCGUCGGAAAGUUCACAUUCAGUCCAUUGCCAGACAGACAAGUAGGAGGCGGCGGGGCAAGUGUGGUGAUCGACAUCGAGAGCGGCUUGACGCCAGAAUUGGAGAUCCAGCGCGGGGUCGGGCUUGAGUACCAUAUCCAUGUGAAGCAAGUCGGGCCCAACAACAACUGUGAAGCGACGGGUGGGCAUUUGGAUCCUGAUCCUGCCAAACCUGGCGUUGUCCCUUGUGAUCCGUACGCUUCCGAUACGUGCCAGAUGGGCGACCUUUCAGUAGGGAAGCACGGGAACUUGGAGGUGACACCAAAGGGAGAUCUGCAAUUGAAGUACAUCGACAGACAACUCAAGUUCACAGGGGACGCGACGACGAUCGUCGGACGAUCACUCGUCAUCCACAACAACGGCACCCGAAUCGCCUGCGCCAAUAUCCUCCCAGCCAGUCAAACGACGUCGGCCAAUGAUUUGCCCAUGCUCUUGCCGAACGCGAUCCAGCAGGGUACUUCUUCCUACUCGCCACAAAUAGGAUCUGGGAGUGGAGACAACGGCAGAGUGCGGUCGAACAAUGCUCAUCCUUCGGAGGGCCGGUUUGUGUCGAGCGAUGCUAUGUGGACUGCGGUCGGGUCUGUUGUCUGUGGUGUCAUUGCUGCCCUCAUGGCCUUCUAG